GGUAGUGUGUGAAAUAUUAAAUUAAGCUGAAAUUUCAAGAAAAAUAACCGGUCUUUAAUUUUCAUGGUCCGAAUAUAUUAAAAUGGAUUUAUGUAACUGGACUUAGUACGUUUGUCAUUGCUAUUCAUUGAAUAUUGUUGUGAAAGUCAUUUUACCCACCGGCUGAAGUUUCUUUCGGUAUUAAUGCAGUUUUAAUUUCACAUUUCAAUCUUUCCAUUGUUUGUCAUGGGAGACUGGGAUUGGAGGCCGUUUAUUUACGGUGGACUGGCGUCUAUCGUUGCGGAAUUUGGUACAUUCCCUAUUGACACCACCAAAACGCGUCUUCAAAUACAGGGUCAGAAAAUAGAUCCUCAACAUGUGACCCUGCGGUAUACGGGCAUGGUGGACUGUAUUGUGAAGACAUCCAAGCAAGAAGGGAUCAAAGCGCUCUACUGUGGAAUAUGGCCGGCGGUGCUUCGACAGGCGACAUACGGUACAAUCAAAUUCGGCACGUACUACUCCAUGAAAAAGGCUAUCGCGGCGCGGCGAGCGGACGGCGGCUCUAUAGAACACCUACCCACUAACACAUUCUGCGCCGCGUUCGCCGGCGGGCUGUCUAGCGCUAUCGCCAACCCUACCGACGUCCUCAAAGUACGGAUGCAGAUGGGGCACGAGAAGCGCGGCGUGGUGGCGUGCCUGGUGGGCAUCCAGCGCGGGGAGGGCUGGCGCGCGCUGUGGCGCGGCGGCGCGGCCACGGCGCAGCGCGCGGCGCUGAUCGCGGCGGUGGAGCUGCCCGCCUACGACGCGUGCAAGCGCCGCCUGGCGCCCGCGCUGGGCGACGCGCCCGCCGCGCACUUCCUGGCCAGCCUGGCCGCCGGCCUCGGCAGCGCCGUCGCCAGCACGCCGCUCGACGUGACGAGACUUAUGAACCAAAGAAAAUUAAAGGAUCACAUCGCGAACUCCAACGAACGAAUAUACAAAGGCAUCACCGAUUGUUUUCUUCAGACGGUCCGCAACGAGGGGUUGCUCGCGCUGUACAAGGGGCUGGUGCCCGCGUGGCUGCGCAUGGGGCCCUGGAACAUUAUCUUCUUCCUCACCUACGAACGUCUCAAACUCCUCUACUGA